AAAAAGAAAAUGUAUCAGAAAAAUUAUAAAAAUAUUUUCACUCAUAAAAAUGCAAAUGAAAAUAUAAAUUUUUAUAAGGAAUUAAAUGGUUUGCAAAAUUUUCAAUCAGGACAUAUAUUAUAUUAAUAAUAAGAUGAAAAGAAUGGAAGAUAAACAUAAUUAAUAUACUUUUGAUAAAUUUGAUUAAUUUUAUUAAUUUGAUGAAAUAAUGCCUUUUCGUCGACAUGCUUAUGAUUUUAUGUUAGAUGAUGGAUUAGAUACACGUAUACCUGUGUAUAGUGAUGAAGUGUUUAAACAAGGCAUUCAUUUUUGUGCCAAGUUUGUUGGUGGUAUGGAUAUACCAAGACCACAGAAUCGUCUUGAAAUCGUAUCUUCAAUGCGAAGAAUUCGGUAUGAAUUCAAAGAAAAAGGUAUUAAGAAACAGAAGGUUUUAAUUAAAAUUUCCGCUGAUGGUGUUUUUAUUUAUUUAAGAAAAAAACCAAAAUUUGGAAUUCGUUGGCCAGUAUCACGAACAUUUAUUUCAUCUUCACAAAAUCCCGGUAAUCGAGUAUUCAGUGAAAUUUUAACUACUGACACAACAUCAGUUAAAGAUUCAAAUGGUGUAACUGGAGAUUAUGAUGCAAUUUCAGCUACUGGUAGUGGAUUACUUGGUUUAGGAUUAAGAGAUACAUCUAUGCUUGAUUGUAUACAUCAAUCAAAUCUUUUGUUAUAUCAUCCGAUAUACAGAAUUUUCUAUGUAUCACACGACUCACAAGAUUUGAAGAUAUUCAGCUAUAUAGCAAGAGACAGUAGAACAAGCGUUUUUAGAUGCAAUGUAUUUAAGGCUUACAAAAAAUUACAAGCUAUGCGAAUAGUCAGAACAGUUGGUCAAGCAUUUGAUGUAUGUCAUCGAAUUGCUCUACAAAAACAAGGCCAACAACUAGAAACAACCGAAAGCAAUAAUAAUGAUAAUAAUGCUGAUGAAAAUGGUGAAUCUGACCAAGAGAAAAUAGAAAAAUCUGACAAAAAAAUAACUUCUGUUAACAAUAUUGAUAGUAAUAAAUUAGAUGAUUCGAAUAAAUCAACAAAACAUAAUGGUGAUUUAAAUAACCAUAAAACAAAAUCAAAACAUAAGCUUAAACAACAUAAAACAGGUAAACACGAAAAAUCGAUUAAUUUGAAAGAUGAUCGUAAUUCUACAUCACAAAUACGUAAAAUAGAAAAACAUAGAGAUAAGAAAAAUACCCAUGAUUCUACUACAAACGAUGAUGGUGAUGAUAAUGGGGAUGAUAUCGAAAAAGUAAACAAAGAAGAUGAAAUCAAGAAAUCACAUAAAUAUCACAAAACAAAAGAUCUUUUAGAUGAUUUAAGCAAAACUGAUAAUACGUUGGUUGAUAUAGAACCUGUAGAACUGAUCAAUGAAUCUAUUGAACUGAUCGAUAUUGAUCAUGAUAUGAGUAAAUCUUUAAAUAAUUGUAUACAAAGCAAAAAUAGCCAACAAGAAAAAUCUUGUCAUAAAUCUAAGUCAACUAUACAUCAACAAAAAUCAUACAGAAAAAAGAAUACAUCUAAAUUUUCAAGUGGUUCAGAAACCGAAUCAUCUCCAUGUGUUCAUAACCAUUCAAGAGAGGAUUCAGAAACUUCAAGAUCUUCUAGACAAACAGCAACAUCAAAUUCAUCUGUUAACAGUCGUAUAAUGUCAGAUCAUUCUAUAUCACAUGCUAGUUCACUUAGUUCAGUAUGUUCUAAAGAAAAAAUACAAGUUCGUAAUAGACAUGAACAUCAUAAACAUCAUAAACGACCUACCAGUUCACAUAAAAGUACUAAAUUAAAGACAAGUAUUACAACUCGUGAUUUGGUAUGGAUGUUACAAACUGGUGAGGAUAGAAAUGAGAAAACAGAUUUAUUCACAAAAGAAUUAUUAUCAUUAUUUACUGGCAAUACUGCUUCAACAUCAUUAUUGUUAGAACAAGGAAGGAGAAUGCAUCAAAGUAGAUCAUUAGAUACAAAUGUUGCCAGAGAUUUGCUCAACGAAAGUUCUUUACAAAGUCCGAAUGAUUUAUCGAACACUCUAUUAACUGAAAGUGCCUUGCCAGAAACAUUAUCCACUGAUCAAAAAUCAAUUGGUACAGUAUUCUCUGAAAUGACAAAUAUUAACAGCCUUUGUCAAUAUCAGUCAAAUACGCCAAUACUCCCUAAUUCCUCUGUGGACACCAGCUUACAUCAACAUUGCAUUAAACAACUUGUCCGUCAAAAUUGGGAUUUACGUACAUGGUUAAAUCAAAUGUCUGAUCGUCUAGAACGUUUAGAAUUAUUGACAUCUAAUAAAAUGGAACAUAAUAAUCCAAUUAUAAAUCAAUCAACAAAUACAAACAAUAUUAAUAAUAAUAAUCAAAGUAAAUUAUUUUCUACUGGAAAUGAUAAAUUUAUUUCAGAUCGUCGAUUAUUACCUAAUUCAGCAUCAUUCAGUGUACAGUCUGGUAAUAAAUCAAUAACCGAUCAAAAUGUCCUUACUUCAUUAUCAUUUUCUGGAUGGAAUAAUUCAGUCAAUCCAAAUAAUGAAACAAAUUAUAAACCUUUAAGCAAUUCUAAUCCAUUUCGAAUGCCUCGAUCAAUUUCAGCUUUAACAGGAACCAUAGAUGAAAUGAAUACAAUAAAACCUCAAUUUAAUACAUCAUAUUCAACAUACUCAACAAAUAAACCAAAUAUUCCAUCAUCAUUUAAUGAAAAUUGUGAAAUUAUAAAUUCAAAUAAUUCCCAUAUUGCUUCUAAAGAGACAACUAAUUUAGAAGAUGAUGGAUUUCUACAGUUAGCCAACAGAAAAGAGGUAUCUGAGUUACAGGAUAAAUUCAAAACAUUAAAACAUUCUUGGUCAAUGAAAGGAGGCAGUAAUCUUAGUAUUCAAGAUCAAAUAUUUGGUAUAAAAGGUUUACCACGUUCAAUCAGCGCAGUAAAUAGUCCAUUAGAGGCUAUGGCUUCUGAAACAGCAGUUUCUAGUAGUCAGUUGAUGAAUCAAACUUGUUCACAAAAUAAUUGUUUUCAAACAAUAAAUUUGAAUACGAACUGUGCACAAACACAACAACAAAACUCCAAAGGAAUUGAACAUCAAACCAAAGACGCCAUUUCAGUCUCAAAUGAAAGAAAUGGCACUUCAUCCCUCGUUAAAUUAUUACCACAACCUCCAAAACGUAUAAACAGUGCGACAACACAAAUAGAUCAUAAAAUGAAUAAUCAUGAAGAUACAUCUAUUGAGCCAACUUUAGGAAUUGGUGAAUUAACAGAUCACAACAUAACUAAUGAGCUUUCUAAAUUAACAAGCAGUGAUUUGAAUGAAUUAGGAAAUUUCAAAAAAGCUAUCACGUAUUUACCAACUGACUCGAGGUGAGACAAAGUACAUCCAGCUGACGAGUCCCAAAUAGGACGAAACGCGCGUCCUGGAUUCCAUUGCUAGCCACUAUCCACCAUUGCUUACACAAAGUAAUUCAUUUGUUAUAACCAUACUAAUGAAAUAACUGUAAAUUUUAUUCCAAAAAUUACAGUUUGAAUCCACAAUUUUUAUCUAAAAUAAACAAUAAUAAACAAACUAAUGACCAAUGUAAAUGUGAACAUAUAACUGAAUCAAAUUUAUUAGAAUCUUUUAUUACUUCAGAAGAAAUACUUAUUUCAUCAACAGAUGAUGAUGAUGGCGAUGGCAAUGAUGAUGUUGAUGAUGAUUAUGAUGAAUGUACAUCAUUAAAAUUAAAUAAAGCAUUAUUGAAAAAAUCAAAUUCUAUACGUAAUACCACUAAUAAUAAUAAAAAUUUUUAUUCAUUAACCAAUAAAGGUUCAACAUUAACAAUAAAUAAAGAUAAAUUAGUGAUGUAUAUUAAGCGUAGUUUUAAACAUACAAAAUGAAAUAUUCAAAAUUCAAUGUUUCAUAGGGGUGGGGUUGUUUUUUUGUUUAUUCACAUUCGAAAUUGGUUACUAUUCAUGAUGAAUAAGAAUUUUCUCGUUCAAAAAUAAAUAAGAAGAAAAAGAAAAGAAAAAUAUAGAAAAACUUAUUUCCUUAUACAGUUUGUUAAUUUACAAAAUGUUAAAUACAUAAAGCUUAUUUGUUUUUGUAAUUCAAAUAUAUUUUAAUAAUUAACAAAAUUGCUACCAUAUAAAUUACAUAAUUCAUUUAAAGAUUUUAAACAAAGAAAAAAUAUGACGCUCUAAAAGCAGCUUGUUUAAAAUAUGUAUGUAAUUGAAAGAAGAAACAAAAAUAGAAUACACCAUACUUAUUACGUAAUAUUUGUUCCUGAGUUUUCUUAUUUAAGGAACAAUACAUUAUAAUUUCUUUCUGUUCUUUUGUUUUCGAAUAGUCAAAAUAUAUAUUCAUUUUCUGAUUACUCAUUUUUGAUCUUUAUUUUUUCCAGCUUUACUGGUUAAAAUAACUACCAGUGAGACGUUUUGUUCUUUCUGUUUUUGUUUCUUUGUAAACAAAAUAAAUUUGUUUGAAUUUUCAAUUUUCGUUUGUUUUUUUAAGUGUAAAUAUAUUUUAAAUGAUCAUAUAAAAUACAACAUAUUGAGCAUUUUCAAAGAA